UAUUUAAUUAACUUUUUUUUUUUUUUGUAAAAUGUUGUCGUAUGCACUUUUAUUCUGUAGUUUUUGUUAUACAUGUGUGUUGAUUACAAUUUAGCAAAAAGUGACUGCCCUAUAGCUAAGGAUGUAUGACAGGUUUUACCGCAAAUAAAUAAGUAAAGAGUGGACAACAAGCAGCUGACUUUAAAACUACAGUAAAGCUCAUCAACCAGCACAGUCUCUUGAACUAUCAAGGCCUACUCCUUUUUUUUAUUAUUAUUAUUUUUUUAUUGGCACAAGGACGCUUCCUUACGCAUAAACAAAGAAAAAAAAAACUAAAACGUUUGCUUCAGUAAUCUAUUACUAAAUGUUAAGGACAAGCAUAAUGCACCCAGACGUGAUCUGUUAAAUGUAACAACGGCUUAUCUAGGGAUGGGGGUAGGGGCAGGCUGCUGUGCAAACAACUGAGCUCACAUUGCUGAACCAACAUACUGGAGGCUGCUUGCACCCUCGUUAUUUUCCGAGGAUUUAAGAAAAAGAAGAAAUAAACAUGAAUAAACACAGACCAACGGCAGGAUAUGAAGACAUCCUGGAACUGUCACCUAAUUACAACUACAGCGAUUACAGUGACUACUAUGAUACUGAAGUGGCUGAGGAGCCCCAAAGAGAAACUUUGCACAUAGUCUCAGUUGUUGUUUACUCCAUCUCUUUUGUGUUUGGCCUCAUUGGGAAUGGUCUUGUGAUUUGGGUCACAGCUUUUAAGAUGAAAAUGUCAGUCAAAACGAUUUGGUUCCUGAACCUGGCCAUUGCAGACUUUGUUUUUGUGCUCUUACUCCCCUUGUCCAUUGAUUAUGUGUUUAAGAACUUCCACUGGAAUUUUGGAAGGUCUUUCUGCAAGAUCACUUCAUUUGUUUCUCUUCUGAACAUGUUUGCCAGUGUGGGCUUCCUUACUGUCAUCAGCUUAGACCGCUAUCUAUCACUGGUUCACCUCACCUGGUCCCAGAAGUACAGGUCACCAUUAAAUGCAUUGAAACUGAGCUUGGGAGUCUGGGUCAUGGCAGGAGCUCUCAGUUCCCCCAGUCUAUAUUUUAGAGACACUACCCAUGUAGCUGACAAGGUUAUAUGCUUCAACAAUUUCCACAAGAGCGACAGGAGCAUGGCUCAGCUGACGCACAUCAUUUUAGUGUGUGUCCGCUUUGUCUGUGGAUUUCUUAUUCCCUUCAUCACAAUGGUGGUGACUUGCAUCCUGUUGGUGAUGAAGGUGAGGUACAGAGGCCUGCCUAUGCUUUCCAACUUUUCCAAAACCAUCUCUUCUGUGAUCAUUGCCUUUUUCAUCUGCUGGACCCCGUACCAUGUGUUCAGUUUGAUGGAACUGUCAGUCCACAGCCAUGGGAGCUCGAUGCUGCACAAUAUACUCCGAACCGGCUUCCCUCUGGCAACCAGCCUGGCAUUCCUCAAUAGCUGCCUCAACCCCAUCCUCUAUGUGCUCAUGGGUAAGAAGGUCAAGGCUGUUAUUGGGAAGUCCUUUUCAGUUGUCAUGAAGAAUGCCUUAAGAGACAGAAGCCAAUCAGGAACUGAUACAGAGGUCUUGCCAAACAGCACAGAAGUAGAAGUGUGUUUCAGGCUUUCUUCAGUAUAAAGGGAGCAGUGUAACAAGCAUUGAGACAUGGUGUGAGUGUGGUAACUGUCCCAAUAUUGUUGGUGUGUAAUGUACUUUCAUGCAUUUUAUAGCUAAAUUAAAGCUUUACAGUAACUUAGCCUUAUUAUAGUUUUAUAUAACAAUUAAACGCUAAGAGAAGUAUACUUUGUUUUGAUUCUUUUAAGCAGUAGUUAGAGGCAUUUAGAUGUAAAUUGUCAUGUUUGAUAUGAUUAACUGCCUAUUCAGUCCCCCCAAAGACAGAACGAUCACAACAUGACUACAAUAGUUAGCUAGGUUUAUUUAGUUUUAUAAAGUAUGUAUGUCACACUUUAGUUCCCAUUUACUGUGGCAUUAACCUUUUAUUCAUCAAUGGACUGUGUGCUAUUGAAUUGAUUGCACAGUAAUACAGGAUACUUUAGACAUCAACAGCUCUUGUAACUAAAAUAACCAGGAGUAUUAUAUUAAACUGAAUAUUCAUUUUAAUUACUGUUUGAGUUUUUUUUUUAGAUUUGUAAUCCUGAAGUAGUCAUUUAUUUAAAUAGAUGCAUUACAUUCAUGCAAGUGUUAACAGUAUUAAACUUUAAAGUGUUUUAUGAAAAUAAAACCUGCUUUGGUUA